AUGAGCACCAUCAUCUUGCCCGAAGGCACCUCUUACGUCGCCGCUGGACUUUUGUCCACGACGAUUCUCCUCGCAUGGCAGUCUAUCGUCGUCUCGAAGGCCAGAAAGUCCGCAAAAAUCGAAUAUCCCCGUCUGUAUGCUGAGAAGGCCGAGCAGGACGCGUCGAUUGAUGCACUAAAAUUCAACUGUGCACAGCGCGCACAUCAAAACACCCUGGAGAACAUGCCCAUCAUCUUGACCACUUCGCUCGUUACGGCCCUGAGCUACCCAAAGCUUGCCGGGGUCGCGUGCGGCUGCUGGUCUGUUGCUCGAGUCCUCUAUACUUCCGGCUACGCUACUGGUGACCCAAAGAAGCGUCAACGCGGUGGGUGGGGGUCUCUCAUCUUGCUUGGUCUCCUUGCGUCCUCGGGCAAGGCCGUAUAUGAUCUUUUCAUGGCUGGCAUUUAG